AUGGCUCCAACCCCAUCUUCUUCUUCGAAACUAAGCCAAACCCAGCUGAGAACGCCCCAAUCCAAGCACCGACUCAACUUCUCAUCAACAAGAAAUAACCCACACCCUUCUCCAAACAUAAACUCCUUAGCUAAAGAAAACCCACCAGGGGAACACCCUGUAGAAGUCAUUGGUAGAAUAAGAAACUAUCCUGGUGACCAAAAUGAUAAAAACCCCAUUUCAUUUCUCCAUAUCAAUCCUGACAACAAGACUCUGCGAGUCCGGGCUGAUAUCGGGUACCGGGACUUUUCCCUGGAUGGGAUUUCUUCAUCCGAGGAAGAAGAUCUUGAUACAUUUUACAAGAAGUUUGUUGAGUCACGAAUCAAUGGGGUGAAAAUGGGAGCUAAGUGUACUAUUAUGAUGUAUGGCCCAACUGGUUCAGGAAAGAGUCAUACCAUGUUUGGGUGUUCAAAGCAGCCUGGGAUAGUUUAUAGGUCAUUAAAAGAUAUAUUGGGGGAUCAUGGAGAGGAAGACAGUGGAGGGGAAGGGGAAAGAUUGGGAAUUGUAACUUAUGUUCAAGUUACUGUUUUGGAGAUUUAUAAUGAGGAAAUUUAUGAUCUUUUGUCAAGUCACGGAGGAGGUGGUUUUGGAAUUGGAUGGCCUAAAGGUGGAGCUGGAUCUAAAGUGAAACUAGAAGUAAUGGGAAAGAAAGCUAAGAAUGCAACUUUCAUAUCUGGAAUUGAAGCUGGAAAGAUUUCAAAAGAGAUUCAGAAAGUAGAGAAGAGAAGAAUUGUCAAAAGCACUCUCUGCAAUGACAGAAGUUCUCGAAGUCACUGCAUGAUAAUCCUUGAUGUUCCAACGGUUGGAGGAAGGCUGAUGCUUGUGGACAUGGCAGGUUCUGAAAAUAUUGAUCAAGCAGGUCAAGUUGGAUUUGAGGCAAAAAUGCAGACAGCAAAGAUAAACCAGGGAAACAUAGCACUGAAGAGAGUUGUUGAAUCCAUUGCAAACGGAGAUUCUCAUGUGCCCUUCAGAGAUAGUAAGUUGACAAUGUUGCUCCAGGAUUCUUUUGAGGAUGAUCAGUCAAAGAUUUUAAUGAUACUUUGUGCAAGUCCAGAUCCCAAGGAGAUACACAAGACAAUUUGCACCCUUGAGUAUGGAGCUAAAGCAAAAUGUAUUGUCCGUGGUACGCAUACAAAAAUCAAGGACAAAAAUGAAGAUUCUUCAUCUACAUUUAUUUUGGGAUCCAGGAUAGCAGCAAUGGACCAGUUUAUAAAUAAACUAAAGCUGGAGAACAAGCUCAGAGAGAAGGAGCGAGAUGAAGCACAUAAAGAGCUCUUGAAGAAAGAAGAAGAAGUCGCGGCACUACGAGCACUUGUGGAAGGGAAGGGUUCUGGGGAAACUGAAGAAGAAAUCAACUCAAAGGUAAAUGAGCGUACACAGAUAUUAAAACUUGAGUUGGAGAAGAAACUAGAUGAAUGCAGGCGAAUGGCUGAGGAAUUUGUUGAGAUGGAAAGGAGAAGAAUGGAAGAAAGAAUUCUGCAGCAGCAAGAAGAAGUAGAGAUGCUUAGAAGACGAUUGCAGGAAAUUGAGUUCGAGUUAUGCCGUUCAAGGGAUGGAAAUGGAGAGGUAAAUGAGGCAGAGUCGGAUCCAGGAAGCAGCUUUGCCAAAAGGCUAAUUGGAAUGUAUGGUGAUGAGGUUCCAGGGAUGGUCAAGUCAAUGGACCUAGACAUGGGUGAUCCAGAUCCAUUUAUUCGUGAUGUGAAACACACGGAUAAAGCUGUCAAGCAAUCUGAAAGUAGUAGCAUUCAAGGGUUUCUGAAUCAUCCUCAGGCUGCAAAUCAUGAUGGUUUUGCACCACAGUUUGGUGCAAAAGUAAGCCUGAGCACUGUAUAUGAGGAAGAAGAAGAGGAUGAACAAAAAGAGAGUGUGGAAGAUGAAGAAGUUGAGAAGGUGAUAAUAGAGGAAAAGAGGGUGUUAGAUUCUGAUACAGCCUCUUCCAGACGAUCAAGAAUCCAAAACAUAUUUACCCUAUGUGGGAACCAAAGAGAGCUUUCUCAACAAAUAAGAACUCCAACACCUGCCAAAGUAAUGCCCAAAACCAUUCAUCCUCAUUGGUCCCGAAAUAUGAUUGCUUCAGAUGAUUCUGUUGUGAAAAGUUUGAACAAGGAAAACUCACCAGCUGGUUUAAUGACAGCAUCCUUUAAGGAGAACCAAAACCAACCUAAUGACUGCACUGAUACCCAGAUUGAAGUCUAUGUGAAAUGGGAAGCAUCUAAGGAAAAUCCUGGAAUGUUUAUUACAACAUUGAAGGUUGUAAAAGAUGCAACACUUGCUGAUCUCCGGAAGUUGAUUGAAAUCUAUCUUGGUGCAGAUAAUCAAGCCUUCACUUUCUAGUGCUUGGGGUACGAUCCGACUGGGGCACCCGUGCAGAAAGACAAUGAAGCCACUUUUAAGGCUUGCAAACUGCCAAUAUGCAACAAUGGUUAUCUGGCUUGCUUACGGCCAGCAGGUCUGCAUAUAACAAAUCAUCUCCCCUUGAGUCCACUACCAUUAACUCCCCUGGAAAACAAGCUUCCACUCACCCCAAGCACUCCCUUCUCGCAACAAUGCGAUGAUUUAUCACCUAAGCUAUCGCCUCACUUCAGUUCCACUCCCUUUGUCACUGUUCGAAGACACUAGCGAUUGAUAUUUGCUAGUUUUUGUUCAGUUGAAGAAAAAAAUGUUAAAUGAAGUGCAGCAUGAGUACAUAUCCAUAUGUACUCUUCCUGGUACAUUUCAUGCUGUUGAUAUUGAACCUUUUGUAACUAUUUCAUUCUCCCCUCAAUUUCCCUUGCCUUUUUCUUAUAACUUGAAACUGUUUAAGACUAGAGUAGGUCCACACCCCAGAGCUUUCAAGCCAUGCCUAUGGAACUGGUCAACAUUCUCCAUG